AUGGCAAGGCGAACCGCGGCCUGUACAGCCACCCUGGCGUUUUCUUGUGUUGAUGGCUGCUACCUGCCGAAGCAAGAGAAUGAUUUUGUUCACACGGUCAUCGAGGAGCUGGAGGCUUUCAUACAGAGAGACCAACAGAAAAGCAUUCUGCUGUUCCCCGCUCUGCCAAGCCGACUUCGCUACCUGACUCACAAGACCGCGGAGAACUACCCCAGCCUCAGCACCUUCUCCGUGGGGGGGGCAGGGUGGAACCGCAGGGUGGUGGUGUGCUUCUCCCACCUCAGGGUACCCCCUCCAGAGGACGACAGCGACACAGAGGGCAGGGCCUGCGAGCGGUCCCGGGUUCGAGGCGGGGGCAUGGAGGGCGGCAAGGGCGAGCGAACGUCCGAGGCCAGGCAGACCCGCAGCCGGAGCCACCGACGCCCCGACAAGGCCAUCUACGUCCCGCGCGCCAUGAGGGAGAGGGCGGGGCGGGGCUCCCCGGCCCCAUCCACCCCACCGGCCCCGCCCCCCCGGCAGGCCCCGCCCACCCCGCCCGCCAUCGGCUCCACCGGCUGCAGCCUGAGCCUCAGCGCCUCUGAGGAGUCCUGCCCCGACACCCCCGACGGGCCCACCGCCCCCUCGACCAAUCAGGAGCCGGCGUCUGACGACCCCGACGAGUUGCCGGGCGACCCCGAGGACCUGCCCGGCGCAGCCGAUGACUCCAGCCACUGGGAGCAGACCAUGUCCUACUUCGUUGCCAUGUCACUGGACGACCAAUUGGACGACGGCAGCAGGAGCUUCAGUCCCACCCACCCUGAUGCGCAGCAGCAGAUAGAGGGAGAAAAGGAUUCUGGGGAUUAUAUCCAAGAGAUCGCGGCUCAGCUCACGGAGACGGACUUCGCCAUCGAGAGCGUCCACAGCGACUACUCUGGGUACGAGAGCCUGUGGAUCGGGCCCGGCGAGUUUUCCCACGUCAUCGAGAUCUACGACUUCCCCGCCGUCUUUAAAACCGACGACCUGCUGGACGCCUUUGCCGAAUUCAGUGAGGGCGGUCUGAAGAUCAAGUGGGUGGACAACACUCACGCCCUGGGCGUGUUCUCCGGCGAGUCUGCAGCUCUCCAGGCUCUCUGCAUACAGCACCCCCUGCUGAAAGUGCGCACGCUGUAUGAGGGCAGCAAGAAGUCCAAAGGGAAAGCACUGCGUCGGGCAGAGUUCCUCCAGCCGGUGAAGGAGCGGCCGCGCACCGACACGGCAGUGGCCCGGCGGAUGGUCUCCCGGGCGCUGGGCCUGCCGAAGCCCGCUCCGCGCGGCAAACGCUGCUGACCGCCGCUCCCGGACCGCCCUCCGACCGCUGCCCUGCCGCAGGGAGAGCACAGGACCGGCGAGAGGUGGAGCGAGCGCUCUUCCGCGACGCCUGCCAGACACCCCAGCCUGGAGCGGUCAGCCGCGCAAGCCGUCUGCCCCCCCCCCCCCCCCCACAAACCUCCCCCCCCAAGCACUUGACCGUCCGCUCAUUUCAGGAUUAAGCAAAGCAAAUAAGGAAAUAAACCCAAGAAUGCAUGCGGAGGCAGGUCUAUGGAAGGGGCGGAGUUAAUGAGUGGGUGGGUGUGGCUAACAGACAGGAAGAACAUGGAUUAUCUUGUUUUUCUCCCCCUGCCUAUACGCAGUACAGGGGGUGUCCAAUUCUGGGUGGGACGGGUUUGUGGAGGGGGUGGGGGGGAAGGUAUUAUGGGAUGUUUCCAGUUCUCCACUCAUAAGGCAUUGAGAAGGUUGUGUAAAAAUGUGUACGUCAGUGCGGACUGCUGUGUAGAUAGCUGUUUAAAUGUAUAAAUGUGCAGUAGUUAAAUUUCCACUUUUAACUCCCAUUUGAUAAAAUGGGAUUGUUUCUUGGGAGAACCAUGUUUUAAUGCCUAAAACUGGUACAGUGCACUGGCCUCAUGAAAUGGGAGACUUGAUUUAAUAUCCUCGCCAGCACCUUUUGAGUUACGGCUCGUGCGAUACGACGACAAGAUUCUGCUGUCUCUCGCCAGUUAGCUGUAUCGCUAGACCAGCAUAUAUGCCCGAGAAUAAAAACCUGUAAGAAAUACAGACCGGAGAAAAAUAGCGCUGUUCAUUUAUUGAUGAUUGACAACCAUAUUUUAAGUGCUGUUUUUUUAAGUAAGGUUUUAGAGUGUCAGGUUUAAGACGGUGUGUGAAUGAAGAGUCAGAACUAUAGUUUCUUCUGUCUGCAGCAGACCUGGGUCAAAUACGUAUUUGUUUUGGAUUCAAAUACUUUUCUGUGCUCUGUUGAUCUUGCCUGGUGUAAUGUACCCUGCCAGUAUGACCAGAAGGCGGGGUUUUGCACUUUUUGAGAGUAUUUCAUUGGUUCCAAUACGCCAGACAAGAUCAGUAAAGUGUAGAAAAGUAUUUUAAUGCAAAACAAAUCCGUAUUUGACCCAGGUCAGGUCUGCAGUAUGAACAGGUCACAUAUUACUCUCAAAGCCUUCCUCACACACCUUCUUUGACACUACACUACAUGUAUGUGCGGGAAUUGUUGUCUGAGGGCUGACUUAGCAUCAUGUGAUAUCGUGUGUGAAGUCCAGUUUGAGAAGAGCGUUUGUAUUAAGUGUGUUAAUGUCAAAGAUGUUGGGACGUACCAGUGAAGGCAAUCUGCCCGGCUCAAGAACAUGCAUGUCGUCUAAAGUUCAAACUGAGGAGAAGCCGCCAUUCUGACUAACAGGUCAGCAAUGUUAAGGCAUGAUCAUCACUGUGCUAAGCACCGUCACUGGAAUUGCUGUACAUUGCAAAGUGGGUUUUUAAGCCAUUAAUUAUUUUUUCCUAAAAUAAACCAACAAGCUUAUUUUAAUUGUAGAAUAUGUAUUUUUUAUGUACAUUAAAGUAAAAUUAUCUGUGUUUUUUGUACAGUGAGUAAUGCUUGUUGCUGGCAGUUCUAGUUCUCCAGUAUUGUAAAGUCAGUGUUCCUGCAGAAGUGUUGCCGUGUUCUAGAAUGCUGUUCCUGGGAGAGACUUGGGUGUGCCGUGUUCUAGAAUGCUUUUCCUGGGAGAGACUUGGGUGUGCUGUGUUCUAGAAUGCUGUUCCUGGGAGAGACCAGGAGAUGUGUGCUGUAUUCUAGAAUGCUGUUCCCAGAGAGACUGAACACAGGGUACUAAGUCUGAGUCCAGAAACCAAUGUCCAGAUGUUAGUGUUCAGUCAAUAAAUGUUAAUAUGGACUGUG